AUGAAGGUGGUGGAGCUGAAGGAGGAGCUGGGCGAGCGUGGCGAGGCCCUCUCGGGCAACAAGGCGUGGCUGCGCCGCCGGCUGCACGCCGCUAUAGCGAGCGAGGAUUUGGAGACCGCGCUGCGGGCGCCGCCGGAGAGCAGAAUGAUACCCUCAGACUAUGCGCAUUACUCGCUCGAGGAGGGCGUGCUGCAGUGA